GCAUUAGGACAGAGUGCAUGUCUAUGUGGACUGCCCUGGCAGAAGACACACCCUGUUGCUAUGCCCGGAAAAUAAAAGCAACCCCACUGUCAAGUAGUCACUUCAUAUGGUGAAUACAACUUCAGCCGUCAGUUUCAAGAUGCCAAAAUGAACUGACAUGCAGUGUCUAUAAGAUGGAGUGGAACGAAUUGCCAUGUGGCGAAUGGACAGAAUCCCAUGUGAGCUCCUGGUUAAAAUCCAUUGGAGUGAAAGAGAAGUACAUUCUGAAACUGUACGAAGAGGAGGUUACAGGACCUGCACUAAUUGAGUUACAGGAAAAGUAUCUACGCGAUACAAUUGAAAUGAAAGGCGGCCAAAUCCAACUAAUGCUGCACAAACGAGAUGAACUUUUGAAGCCAGUACCACAAAAAACAAAAGCCGUCAGUAGCACACAGAGAGAUACCAGCCAUGUUGAAUCUAGUGCUGUGUUCACACAAGAAUCUAAAGACAAAGUUUCAAGAUCCAGUGAAAAAAGUGAAAGUAGACCCGUUUCCAUACCAAAUGAAUGUGAACCAAAAUCGGGCGGGGCAUCUUUGCCGCUUUGUGACUUUCGAAAAUUUGAUGACAUUGAAAAAGAAUUCAGAUAUGUAAAAAAUACAGUACUUCCACCAGAGACCGGAAUUGAAGACAUUAUUGUUCCAUGCCAUGAAUACAAGUCACUGGAAAAUGCCCACAAAUUGGAACCACAAAAACUCAAGGUCAAAGUUGCAAGUGAGGUGCUCAGAUUUGCAUGUGCAUGCAUGAAUAUGCGGUCCAAUGGCACAAUACACUUUGGGGUUAUGGAUAAAGUUAAAGGAAUCUACAAACAUGGUGAAAUCAUAGGAAUACCAGUUGAAAACCAAGAUUUAUUUGUGGAUGCAUUGGAUUACAUUGAAAAGAGCUUCAGAGGAUCAACGCAUCAGUGUGAUGCCAGGAAAUGCAUAAGGAACCCAAAGUUCAUUGAGGUAAUUGACAAGGAGGCCAGUGAAACAACCUGGAUCAUUGAAUAUGAUGUUGUCCCCAAGGCAAAAAUGGUAAAAGACAAACUGUACAGUGUCACUAUUCCAAAGUUCAGCGAAAAAUCCAACAAAGUAAUCUAUGAGGAGAAAGCCACCUACCACAGAGUAGGGGCUAACACACCCCGCAUAUCAGAGGAUGGCCUAAUUCAUUUCAUUCAAGACCUGAGGGACAAAGAUCAACAGAGAGAAGAGGCUGAACUCUCAGAGAGGAUCAGAAGAGAAAACUCUCCAUCCUCCUCACAUGUGGAAAAAAGUACAUGGAUGACUCACUGUUCUACAUCAUCGUGACAAACAAACUUAAACAAGAACAUCUUGAGAACAUCAACUUCUUGACUCACAUGAAUAUAUUUUGUGUGUUUGACUUUGACCCAGAUUCUAAGACAUCGGGUCUAUGUGAGAAAUAUAAAGAGCACCAUGCCACAAACCUUCAUUUCCUGCAUGACUAUGCUAAUGAUAGUGGGGUGAAGACCACUGACUUCAUAAACCGUUUGAAGCUCUUUGAUAAACCAAGCUGGAUUUUCUGCAAUGGGCGAAGCGAUUACCUUGGAGAUGAGAAACCUUGUGAUGAAAAAACCUGGAUGAAAACCAAAAAAAAGCUACUGAAAAGGGCAGUGUCCGUCAUCUGCAAUGACAUCCUUCCUAAAGGGUCAUUUGUGGUGGUUUUCUUGCUCAUGUCUCAGGUCGAACAGCCAAUUGUUGAUACAUUCCAUGAAUUCUAUGCAGAAAUGAAUGGUCAUGAGGAUUUGGCUAUCAUUUCAGAGUCCAAAGAGAACUACAAAAAGUGGUCAAGCCUUGCCCAGGUAUCUUGUAGCAUGGCUGCACUCAAAGAGAUCAGUAUUGUUGAAAUGCCACUGAGUCAUGUUGAUGCCACUAUUCAAACUAUUCAGCCUACAGUUAGUCGACCCACAAGGCGCUUACCAGUCUUCAACAAAGGCUUGUGCUUCUUAAAGCCAGUUGAAGAGGAUGAGAUUAAUUCUUUGGACAUAGUCAGUGCUGACCAGUGUGAUAACACAAAGGUGGAGAUAAUGGACCGAGACAAAAUCAACACCAUUGAAAAGUAUUUCUAUCAAGGUGGGAAGAUAGACUGGAUGAAUUUGUGGCUUGCAGACAAAAAUCUAUGUGGGGAGGUCAUCAAGCGAGACGCAUACAAAGAAACAAAUGAAAUUCUGGAGAACAUUGUACAGGGUAGUCGAGUCAAAAGACCCAUCGAGACUGUGAAUAUAUGUCACCAUCCUGGCAGUGGUGGGAGUACAGUUGCACGACAGAUCCUCUGGAGUUGGAGGACAAAAUUGCGAUGUGCAGUUGUUAAACAAUCAAAAGAAUUCACAACUGUGUGUGAACAUGCAGUGCGUCUACGGGAAUAUGAAGAAAAGGACAAAAACAGCUGUCUACCGGUACUGUUGCUGUUGGAAGAUUGCAAUGGAGAUUAUCUGGAUGACCUUAGGCGGGAAAUAGGCAACGCUAUUGCAACAAAAAAAAUAAGUUCCUCUGUCCUAUGUUUUAUCCUGCUCAUCUGCAAAAUGUCUCAUGAUCCAGAGAGAAUGUGCCGAGCAUUGCCGUCUCAGACCGUCGCUGUGACACACAAACUGACAGAUGGAGAGAAGACUCUCUUCUCAAGGAAACUGGAGAAACUAAAGCUGGACUUUAAACCCGACUUCAUUCUCACAUUUGUACUGAUGAGUGAGGGCUUUAAACCAAGCUACAUUGAGGGAUUUGUGAAAAAUCUGCUGGACAAAAUUGAUCAUUCAUCUCUUAUCACUCGGCUUAUGAGAUUUGUAGCAUUGUUGAACUGUUACAUUCAUGACUCCUACAUAUCUGUGUCACACUGUGAGGCUUCCCUUGGCAUAGAUAUGCAAAUGGAUAAAAUCCGUUACCAUGCAUUUCUGGACUGUCUCAGCGAACAAGCUAGACUUGUUUUCAUACACCUUUCACCUUUCAAAGGAGAAAGUCCAUUACACAUCUCGUCCAUACGGAUAAUUCAUCCACUGGUGGCAAAGGAAAUUCUGAAGCAACUCUCUACAACCUUGCCUCAAAGCAUGAUCGCAAUGGAUCUACUACAGGACAAAGUACUAAUGAACCAUAGGUUUGGCAAGGAUGAAUUUUGGAAGUUCAUCCAAGUUCUCUUCAUCAGACGUAACAAAAAAAGCAGAGGAGCUCCUAAAGACAGUUCAUUCUCUCCUCUGAUUGAACAUGUCAGCACUGAAACAGGGGGCAUUCAAACAGCUGUUGAUCUUUUGAAAGCAGCUUACACAUCUUUAGGAAAAUAUCCAUUUGUUGCCCAGCAGCUUGCACGUCUGCUUUACACAAACACAAGAUUUGAGGAAGCCCUACGUUGGGCUAAAGAGGCAAAAGAAAUCCUGCCAUAUGAUACAUUUGUCCUUGACACAUUAGGACAGGUGUACAAGCGGUGGUUUUAUCACAUGCAUGACACCCUUGACAAGCAAGAAUUAGUGCCUGAAAAGGUUACUGACAUCAUUGACACUGCUCUGAAAGGAAUUUCUGCAUUCCGUGCCUCAGAAAAAACACCCUUAAAAAAGACAGUCAGUCUGAACAGCUCCUACUAUGGGGAGGUGGAUGUUGGAUGUAGACUGCUUCAACUCAUAUCAUCAGUUGAUGUUUUUUCAACCAAAGGUGGAAAUUCUGAGUUGAUGAAAUAUUUGCUGACUGACUACAUACCACAGGCAGUUACAAAUCCUUGGCGGAAUUUCCACAGCCAGUUGAAAGGAAUGCAAAAGAGUAUUUACCAUGCUCUUGAGUGCAUUUCUGAAGACCUCAGUUACUUUCAGACAGACAUUAGUGACGAGGAAGAGGAACUUGACACAAGAGAGCCUGAACAAGUACACAAUCCAAGGAAAUGGCUAACAAGGACGAGUGCUGUGUAUGCUGGCUUUUUUUGUAAUGUUUCUGAUCUAGGCAACCCAAUGCCUGACAACAUUGAUGCUGAAAUAGCCACUAAUCCUGAAAUAGCCAACCCAUUCCAAAGACAAAUGAAAAUUUACAAGCUAGGAGGAGGAAACGUCACGUCCAUCCUGUCAUUACUCUAUGAUCAGAAGACAGAGAUCUGCUAAAAAGCUGGAGGCAAUAAUUGGCAUGUAUCCAGAAAACCUCAAAAGGAAUGACCUUGACCAGACAGAACUUGUCAAUUUCAUAUUUUGUCAGAUAGCUCUUGCUUGUGCUUUACCUGGCUCAUCAAAGUUACUUUUACCUCAACAACUCCAAGAUCUCAGCAUGAGAUUUAACACAGAGGGAAAAAACAUGUCAACAGCUAGUGCUCUCUUUCUUCUCUUACUUCUGCUCUGGCCAGAGGAGCCAAGCAGAGAGAACACUAAUCCAGCUCAUAGCCAAGUCCUAAUGUCAGCAAUUGAUGCCCUUCAGAGACUUUAUGAGCUCAAAAUUCAACAUGUUCCUCCAAGGAAGAGUAGAAUAGCGACCCACUUCUUUCUUGGAAAGGCAAGGGGUCUAUACAAGAUUGUCCACAAGGGUCUGAUUGAAAAGCACAUAAAAGGAAAUCUCAGUGAAAGAAGAAUGAAGUGGCUCGGAGGUGAGGUGUGGACAACCCCCGAGGUUGUACGAUUGCUGAAACGUGUUGAAGGAUGGACAGAAAAUGGACACCUGUUUGUUCAGGGUACAACCAAAGGGAGCAAGAUCAGGGUCAUUCCACGGUAUUCAGCCUCUCUACCAAAUGCAAACGAAAAUGUCACUUUCUACCUAGGCUUUUCUUUUGACGGGGUGCUUGCUUUUGACAUUCAAGUUUUGGACUAAUCUAACAGGUCUAAGGAUUAAUGCUACAAACCACAAGCAUUAAUGCAAAAUAAGCUCCCAAUGUGAUCGCCUACUACAUUAUCUAAGAGCUGUUACGAGAUAUUGCCAGUCAACAGAUGACACUGCUGUUUAAUCUGAGUUUGGUAUUCUAUUGUAGCAGUGAGCCAAGUGAGGAACUGUUUCCUACGCACUGCAUGGAGUUGUAUGCAUGCAAUCCUGAUGAUGCUGAAGUAAAGACACUUAUAUGAACCAUACCUUGCUCUUGUAUUGUAUAAUAAGUACAUAAAACAUGAUGUCAAAAGUCAGAACCAAAAAGAUAUGUCCUCAACGGAGAAAAGCAUUCUAUGAAGGGCCUUGCCCACAAACUAGCCAACAAGAAGAAACAAAUGGCUUACCUGGCAAUUCCUGUAUCAGAGCCCAAGGACAUGAAGAGCGAUAUAUGAUAACUGGACAUUCUUAUCGAGCACAAUGGUAAAACUACCUGUCUGGAAAAAAAGGAAGAAAGGGUCUGCAUAACAACUCUGCUAACAGUGAUGGGAAAGGAAUGCCACCUGUUACAGCGGCAUCUGAAUAUGCCUGAAGCAGAGAACGGACUUGUAAAAAAUGAUUGAGGCACUACAAAAACAAUUUGAACCAUCCAGAAACAUAAUCUACGAGAGGUACGUGUACAAUGCUUGUCAACAAAGUCAAUGUGAAACAGUAAAGCAGUACAUUGCAAAUCGUAGGGAGCUAGCAGACACGUGGUUGUUGGCGCAUUACGAAGGGAUCUAAUCCAUGACAGGCUUGUCAUUGUCACUAAGAAUCUUGGUGUACAAGCAUGCAUACUCAGAGAACCAAAGCUCACACUGAACAAAGCCAUUGACAUGUCGUUCAAGUGAACAAGCACCAAUGCAAAUCAAGAAAAUGGGAGGAGGUAAACCAAAGACUGUAAAAUAAAUUAUACUGUACCUCCCAGGAGCGAUGUUCAGAAUCAAAAGGCCAAACUUAUAAAAAUAGACAGACAAAAGACUCACCCAGUCAUUACUGUAGUUCAGUACAUGCCAAAGCCAAAUGCCCAGCAUUCUGUGUCACCUGUAAAGCAUGCUGCAAACAAAACCAUUUUGCCAGAGUUUGUAAACAAGCAAACCUCAACUCAAUCUAGUAGAGGAAUACAAUGGGUCAGAUGACCAAACAACAGAAGUGAAUGCAGCAGCCUUGCCUAUGCAGCAGCUACCAAGACGGAUACAUAUUCCACUGGAAGAAAAUAUUACAAAGGCCAAACAUUUAAUGACAAAAUCAUCACAAAAGAGCUAACAAUGUGGAUCAGCAACAUGGUCGUCAUUGAAAAGCCAGACAAACUACGAAUCUGUAUGUACACCCAGUGCAUUCAACCUUACUGAGAUUGCACUACCAGAUGCCCACCAUAGAAGAGAUUAUACCAGAGAUAUCCAAAGUAUUCUCAGUACUCAACACCAAAGAUAUCCAUUGGCAAGUCAAACUUGAUGAAGCGGGCAGCUAUCUAACAACUUUUUGGACACCGAUAAGCAGGUAUAGAUGGCUGUGAAUGCAUUUUGGAAUCAAGCCAGCAGCUGGAGAAUACCAGCGCAGGCAGCGUGAAGCACUACAGGGACUAAAAGGAUUGAGUGUCAUCGUAGAGGAUAUUCUACCCUAUGGAUGUGGCGGCACAAAUGAGAAGAAGUGAGAACAAGCGACUGCAGAUCCCAACAGAAACCACACAGCUCUCCUGCAGAGAGCCAGAGAUAUCCAUCUGAAGUUGAACACAAACUCAGGAUAAAGCUACCUAGUGUGCUGUAGCAUGGGUCAUCUUCUCACCACAGAGGGCCUCCUAUAACUCCAGCACCUACAAAGAAGUACCUGGAUGUGGGUUUGUUCUUCAGCUUUUGUUUGUGAACUAUCUUCAAAAUUCAUGCCCCACCUAUCUGAUGUGUGGGAGUCGCUUAGACCACUGAUUGACAAGGACAUUGAAUGGACAUGGCUACCACAGCAUGGCGCAGCAGUUGGGACUAUUAAACAGUUAAAGUCACACUGCAGUGUGAUGCCAGUGAGACAGGCCUUGAGAAAGGAAAACCUGAAUGCAUUUGCCUCGAGAACAUUGAUAUGCACAGAUUGAGAAAGACUGUCUCGCCAAUGUUUUUGCAUGUGACAAGUUUGAUCAGUAUCUGCUUGGCAGAUAGUUCGUCACAAAGUGACUACACAAGCCGCUCAUGACAGUCUUCAAGAAAUUCCUACUCACAGCACCCAAGCGACUGCAGAAAAUGUUGCUUAGGUUACAAAGAUACCAGCUCCAUGUGCAACACAAACAAGGCAAAGAACUACAAACUGACUUCCUGUCCAGAACUGCUCAAUCAACCCCAGAGCACAGUCAAACACAAACACCAGCCAGUCUACGCUUUGGCCCUGGCCACAACUGACCUGGAACAGGUGGAUCACACAGUGAUGUGAACAUCUUAACUAAGACACGAGUCAUGCUCAAAUCAACAAAGGCUGGUCCGGAAGUUCAGAACCAAAUAGGCUGUGAGUCACACUGAGAGAUUUCUGGACACACAAAGAGGAGCGUAUGUUUCUUUUGCUUCGGGAACAACAGUUGUUGACCUGGUAUGUAAACAAAUCAUCUGUGUCAAGAAACCAUCAGUCUCAUGACACCAGAAUGGCAGGUGUCAAUGGGAGUUUCCUGAUAUCAGUGUACACCUAUAUCACGAAACGCCAUGAAUUGCGGUCUGCAAUUACACCAUAUUCUGUUUUCUGGCCAUGGAUUACGGAGGAUGUAAAGCUCUUCAUCAGCAAAUGUGUCACCUGCAACUCCAUUCAGAAGAGACAGCAAAUGUGUCAUCUGCAACUCCAUUCAGAAGAGACAGCAAAUGUGUCACCUGCAACUCCAUUCAGAAGAGACAGCAAAUGUGUCACCUGCAACUCCAUUCAGAAGAGACAGCAAAUGUGUCACCUGCAACUCCAUUCAGAAGAGACAGCAAAUGUGUCACCUGCAACUCCAUUCAGAAGAGACAGCAAAUGUGUCACCUGCAACUCCAUUCAGAAGUGACAGCAAAUGUGUCACCUGCAACUCCAUUCAGAAGUGACAGCAAAUGUGUCACCUGCAACUCCAUUCAGAAGAGACAGCAAAUGUGUCACCUGCAACUCCAUUCAGAAGAGACAGCAAAUGUGUCACCUGCAACUCCAUUCAGAAGAGACAGCAAAUGUGUCACCUGCAACUCCAUUCAGAAGUGACAGCAAAUGUGUCACCUGCAACUCCAUUCAGAAGUGACAGCAAAUGUGUCACCUGCAACUCCAUUCAGAAGUGACAGCAAAUGUGUCACCUGCAACUCCAUUCAGAAGUGACAGCAAAUGUGUCACCUGCAACUCCAUUCAGAAGAGACAGCAAAUGUAUCACCUGCAACUCCAUUCAGAAGAGACAGCAAAUGUGUCACCUGCAACUCCAUUCAGAAGUGACAGCAAAUGGAGACAUUCAUCCCCAACAAAUCCCUCCCCUCCCAUGGUACAAGGUCUGAAUGGACUCACAUUCAAAACCAACUACCUCAUCAUCGUGGAUUAUUAUUCUGACUAUUGGGAGCUGGACGAACUGACUGACUCCCUCAGCCACCGUCAUUGAAUGCUGCAAAGGGCAGUUAAGCAAACAUGGCGUUGCCCACAAUGUUGUCUCUGGUAAUGCCCCCCUUUUUCUUGGAAUGGAUUUCCCUAAAUGUGUUAAUGAGUAGGUCUUUAGACACGUGAUAUUGCGUGACCUUGCCACGAGAUGUUGCCAGUCAGUAAGUGGCGCGGCUCUUACGUGUAUCUGAGUUAUGUAUUCUGUUGUACCAAUGAGCCAAGUGAGGCACUGUUUAUUAUGCACUGAAAUGGUGUUGUAGUUAAGACACUAUAUGAACAAUACCUUACUCUUGUAUUGUAUAAUCAGUACAUUAAACAAGAGCUAGUAAAUGUUUUGAAACAGUGAUAUUUUGAGAUGACUAAGAAGUCAUUUGUAAAAACAGAGGGUUUUAAAUAAGUCCCUGUUUGAAUAAAGUGCAAAUAUAUAAUGAAUACUGUUGUUGUAUGUAUAGUAAUUCUUUACUGUCCAUAUAUUACAAGCAGUUUUGUUUUUGUAAUGUAAAUGUGUGUGUAGGUUCAUGUAUGUAUUCAAUGCACAGUACCUUGAUUUGUUAUCAUUGAACCUUAUCAUCAAUUAAAGGAACAUAAUGUUUAAAAGUAGCCUUUCCAUGUCGCUUAGCUAGCUUUUUAUAUACAGUACACUAAAACCUCAUGUACAGUAUCAUGACGUAGCCCUUUCUGGGUGUAGAUCAUGACGAGCUGAUUAUGACAAAAUGGAAUGAACUUUGAACUCUUAUUCACUAAAGAAGAAGUUGUACAUCCUAGAAGUCAAGUUAUCAGCUGCAGCUGUAAACGUUCGUGUCCUAGGAAAGGAGACAAUCUCUUCAGAACAACAGGGUAAUACAACAUAUCUGCUCUACCACACGACGACAGGGUUACUACGACCAGAAAUAUUCUUCAAAGGACAAGGGCGAUCUCUACUGGGAAAACCAGCCUUCCAUCUUCGACCCAUCUAUCGAAGCGCAGCUCAGUGUAAAUAUUUCGUCUAACAUUUUCCUUUUCCGAAAGGGCGGUUAUUAGGAUGCAUAAGAUUCUGUAUUUACGAUAGCACAGAUUCACAAGGUGCAAUAGAGACCCAGUCAUUUUGUUCCCCAGUCUUCCCGCUCUUUCAUUCCAACCCUAACACCCUUUCUUUGUGUAACCAGCCGUCAUAUCGGUUUCUUCCGCUAGGGACGUUUUCUUUUAUGACAUGAUUAGUAAUCAAUGUAUAAUCCAUCCUGUGUAUAUGUAAUUCUGUGUGAUUAUUUUGGUAUUAAGUAAAUAAAUAAUUAAGCCAA